UAUGGCUGCUGACGUCAAUAUGGCGGUCCCCGGUAGUGGCGCGUUCUUUCGCUUCGAGUUUUGGCCGGGGCGGGGGUCUGGGCUUUAGGCAGGUAGUGUUUAGUUUCACAAUGUUUGGUGACCUGUUUGAAGAGGAUUAUUCCAGUGUGUCAAAUGAUCAUUAUGGAAAAGGGAAGAAAUUAAAGACCAAAGCUUUGGAGCCACCUGCGCCUAGAGAAUUCACCAAUUUAAGUGGAAUCAGAAAUCAGGGUGGAACCUGUUACCUCAAUUCCCUCCUUCAGACUCUUCAUUUCACACCUGAAUUCAGAGAAGCUUUAUUUUCUCUUGGCCCGGAAGAGCUUGGUUCGUUAGAGGAUAAGGAUAAACCUGACGCAAAGGUCCGAAUCAUACCUUUGCAGUUACAGCGGUUGUUUGCACAGCUUCUGCUCUUAGACCAGGAAGCUGCGUCCACCACAGACCUCACUGACAGCUUUGGGUGGACCAGUGAUGAGGAAAUGAGGCAACAUGAUGUACAGGAACUGAAUCGAAUUCUCUUUAGUGCUUUGGAAACUUCUUUAGUUGGGACCUCCGGCCAUGACCUCAUCAAUCGUCUAUAUCACGGAACCAUUGUUAACCAGAUUGUUUGUAAAGAAUGUAAGAAUGUCAGUGAAAAGCAGGAAGACUUCUUAGAUCUCACAGUAGCGGUCAGAAAUGUAUCAGGUUUGGAAGAUGCACUCUGGAACAUGUAUGUGGAAGAGGAAGUUUUUGACUACGACAACUUGUACCACUGUGGGACUUGUGACAGGCUGGUGAAAGCAGCAAAGUCGGCCAAAUUACGUAAGCUGCCUCCCUUUCUUACUUUUUCAUUAUUAAGAUUUAAUUUUGAUUUUGUGAAGUGUGAACGAUACAAGGAAACAAGCUGUUAUACGUUCCCUCUCCGGAUCAAUCUCAAGCCAUUUUGUGAACAGAGUGAAUUAGAUGACUUGGAAUAUAUGUAUGACCUCUUCUCAGUUAUUAUACACAAAGGUGGUUGCUACGGAGGCCAUUAUCAUGUGUAUAUUAAAGAUGUAGAUCAUUUGGGAAACUGGCAGUUUCAAGAGGACAAAAGUAAUCCAGAUGUGAAUUUGGAAGAUCUUCAAAAUGAAGAGAUUGAUGAUCCAUUGAUGAUUCUAAAAGCAGUCUUAUUACAGGAGGAGAGUAAUCUAAUUCCUGUUGAUCAGCUGGGCCAGAAACUCUUGAAAAAGAUAGGAAUAUCUUGGAAUAAGAAGUACAGAAAACAGUAUGGACCACUGCGAAAGUUUUUACAGCUUCAUUCUCAGAUAUUUCUGCUCAGUUCAGAUGAAAGUACAGUUAGUCUAUUGAAGGACUGUUCUCUCCAGGCUGAGUCCGAUACACGAAGAAAUGAUCAACAACUUUUGAAGACACUUACUUCAGAACCCCCAGCAUUAAAUGAUAGACCCUCCUGUCCCCACUGGUUUGAUGUAAACGAUUCCCAAGUCCAGCCAAUUAAGGAAGAGGAUAUUGAACAGCAAUUUCAGGGUAAAGAAAGUGCCUACAUGUUGUUUUAUCGGAAGUCCCAGUUGCAGAGACCCCCUGAAGCUCGAGCUAACCCAAGGUACAGGGUUCCAUGUCAUUUGCUGAAUGAAAUGGAUGCAGCCAACAUUGAACUACAAAUAAAAAGGGCAGAAUGUGAUUCUACAAACAAUAAUUUUGAAUUGCAUCUCCACCUCGGCCCUUAUUAUCAUUUCUUCAAUGGGGCUCUGCACCCAGUAGUCUCUCAAACAGAAAGCAUGUGGGAUUUGACCUUUGAUAAAAGAAAAACUUUAGGAGAUCUUCGACAAUCAAUAUUUCAGCUGUUAGAAUUUUGGGAAGGAGAUAUGGUUCUUAGUGUUGCAAAGUUUGUACCAGCAGGACUUCAUGUUUACCAGACACUUGAUGGAGAUCACCUGACACUGUGUGAAAUUGAAAUUGCUGAUGGGGAAGACAUCUUUGUAUGGAAUGGGGUGGAGGUUGGCGGAAUCCAGAUUCCAGCUGGUAGUGACUGUGAACCUCUGCUUUUAAAUGUUCUUCAUCCGGCGACAAGCAGUGAAGAAGAGCAGUGUCAGCAGUUGAUAGACUCUCCAUAUGUCUUUCCAUCUAAUGCAGAAAUAGGUAGUGUAUUCACAGCCUGUGCAAUCCCAGACGGAGUCAUCUUAGUCAACAGUGCUGAGUCUGUAGGUGAAGAGAGCUGGACCACCAUUCCCAAGGAAGACUUGAAGAAGACAUUCAGAGAACAAGGUCUCAGAAAUGGAAGCUCAAUUUUAAUUCAGGAUUCUAAUGAUGGUAACAGUUUGUUGACCAAACGAGGGAAGUGGAUCACCAGUGUGAAUGAGGUUGACUGGCUCCAAGUUAAAAAUUUAUGCCAAUUAGACUCUGAAGAAGAACAAGUUAAAAUAUCAGCAACUCUUAACACAGUGGUGUUUGAUAUUCGAAUUAAAGCCAUAAAGGAAUUAAAAUUAAUGAAGGAACUAGCCGAGGACAGCUGUUUGAGGCCUAUUGAUAGAGAUGGGAAGCUUCUUUGUCCAGUGCCAGACAAUUAUACUUUGAAGGAAGCAGAAUUGAAGAUGGGGAGUUCUUUGGGACUGUGUCCUGGAAAAGCACCAACGUCUUCUCAGCUGUUCCUGUUUUUCGCUGUGGGGAGCGAUGUUCAGCCUGGGACGGAGAUGGAGAUCAUAGUAGAAGAAACAAUAUCUGUGAGAGAUUGUUUAAAGGUAAUGCUGGAGAAAUCUGGCCUAUCAGGAGACGCAUGGCAUUUACGGAAAAUGGAUUGGUGCUAUGAAGCUGGGGAAGCUUUAUGGGAAGAAGAUGCAGCACUGAAAGAGCUUAUGCUCUCUUCUGGAGACACUUUGCUUUUAAUUGAAGGAAAACUUCCUCCUCUGGGUUUCCUGAAGGUGCCCAUCUGGUGGUACCAGCCACGGGGUCCAUUGCAUCACUGGAAGAGUCAUCAGGACCAGACUAACUGUACCUUUUCUCAAGGCGGGGUCUGGAGAGCUAAUUCCAUCCAAGAUGCUCCCAGUGACGCGCAUGCAGAAGUUUCCCUCCGCUACUUGGGAGACGUGGAAAUCUCAGAAGAUGCUACGUUGGGGGAGCUGAAGUCUCAGGUCAGCCUUCCUCCUGCAGCGCGUACCUUACUGGGGAUCUGGCUGCUUCCAGCCAUGACCUUGCCCUCCUUCUCGGAGUUUUCCAUCCCAUCGCCCGCCUUCCUUAGAGCCUGGACGGUGGAAAGUAGGCGCCCCGGCAGGCUCUUACGAGUCCACUAUCAGCGGCUCAGGGAAUAUAAAUUGGGACAGAGAACUGAGAUCUGCUUAGAGCCCCUUCAGAAAGAAGAAAACCUGGGGUAAGAUGUCCUACUACACAUACAAAAUUAUACACUUGUCUGAUCCCAAUGGAUAGUUUUACUAUUGAUUAAGGUGUUACAUUUUUUAAGUGUUUUUUUCACUGCUUCUAAGGAGUCUGGCAACUUAAAACAGAUUGUGUUCUAGAAAUGUGUUUGUAUGUCUGGUGUCUAGAUCUUAGAACUCAUUUUUCCAUAAAAACAGAAUUUUUCAGUAAGUCCCAAUGCAUGUUGAACCCAUAAUGAUCUUGAAGUAUAAGCAAGAUGCUCAUCCCAAGCUCUUACCAGUGCCUGCAGACAGUCUGUUGUCAAACCAAUUGAUAGUAACACCUGACAUGCUGCCCCUUGUCCUACUUUUUUCAUCCUAAUAUCACCUGACAUACACUUAUUGAAUUAUCAAUUAUUAUCCAUCUCCCACUACUAGAUUGUAAGUUUUGUGAGGGCAAGCACUUCAUUUUUUGGUCACUGCUGCCUCCCCAAUACCUAGGACAGUGCCUUUGUCAUAGUCAGUAAUUAUUUAUGGAAUAAAGAAGCACCCCAAAGUUGUCCACGUUCAAACCUACCUAUUCUUUUUUUCAUUAUAGGACAUUCUUUUAUAAGACAUUUUUGUCAGUAACACCAAAUAUUAAGAUUCUUUUACCUGAUGUGACACGAUGAUUCUUGUUGUCCUCCUGUUGUGUAACAACUCUACUCUUUCAACCGUGUGACCUUCAUUUUAUCCCACUGUUUUAUAAAAAUGCAUUCUUAAUGCAAAUUGUAUUACUAGGAGUAGUUUCCUGGAGGGGAAUUUCUGGAUCAAAUGGUAUGGACAUUUUAAACCUCUUAUUUGUUAAAUUCCUUUCCAGGUAAGUUAUACCAUUAUGUUUCCACAAGCUGUGUUUCUAAGUAUUUAUUUCACCUCACCAUCAAACCAUCAUUGAAUGUUGUCAUUGUUUAAAUGUUUGCUAAAUUGAUAAAUGAAAAAUGGUUAUCUUGUCUCAUCUAGUAAGAUUAGGGUGUUUGUUGAAAGGCUUGUAAACCAUUUGUAUUUUGUGAGUGAGUGAAUUGUUUCAUAUAUUUUCCCUGUUUUAUUUGGGGUCUUAGAAAAAAGUCUAAUUUGUGUGAGCUUUCUAUAAUAUAGAUUAUAUUACAUAAUAUAAACGGACCCUCUGUCAUGUUUGUCGUGAGCAGUGUCCUUUUGAAGACCAUGCUAUGCACUUCCUCAGCCCCCUUCCCCGCUUCUGUCCUUGACUGACCUCCGGAGCACUCUUGCCCCCGCUCAGCGAGGACCCUGGCUCCUCGUGGUCUUCACCCAGACUCUGUCACCUCCUUGGCAGCUCCUGCAUCUACACUGACCACAGUUUGUAUGCUCUGGGACCUCAGCUCUGCUCACUGACCUCAGCAACACCUACACCCUCUCAAAAAUUCCUUCUUGACCACAGUCCCCCGCUUUCAGUCCAAUCUCCUAAUUCACUGGGCCCUCGCUCUCCCUGCGUUGCCUGUUUCCUCCAAUUGUGUUACCCUUUCUUUUGAUAAAAACACUAGUAUAAUAGAAAUACAGCAUUAAAAUCGUUCAUUGUCUCACCAUCCUUAAAGUUUUCAUUUCUCCUCUCCACCUUCCAGUUCUUAUCUGUAGCUUUUAUUUCACAUCCUAUCUAAAACAGUCUCCAUACGUCUAAAUUUCUUUCCAACCUUUCUGAAUGUUUCUCCUCUUUCUCUUCCUUCAAGGACCUCGUAUCUGUGCUCAUCUCCUGCAAAGGUUUCCUUUGCUCUUACAACUACACCCAUCAUCUUCUCUCCCUAACUCUGAGCCCUCCGUUUCUUCUCCCUGGCUAAGUUUUCUGCCAGCUUCACAGAUUCUGGUUCUGAAAUCAGUGUUUCCUAGGAAGUCGCCAUAGCGGGAAACCCCUCUUCCCCUUCAUCACCGGGAUAGCCCUGCCGGCCCUUUCAGCUCUGUCUCCAGUCCUCUUCCCUGCAUGCCCCACUGAGGAACUUCUUCCUCUGCCUUCAGCCUUGCCUGCUGCCUCCCCAGGGACCCUGCUGUGGACUCAGAAUGGGAGCUCACCUCCAUUCUGGGUCAGGACUGAAGGAAAUCAAAGUAAAGGUUUCCCACUAGCAUUCAGGGUUUAAGGAAAAUCUCUCCUUAUAAAAAAACUCAGAAGAGUCAGAGGAGAAGCUAUGUGGUUAUUGCGUGUUUCCCAUUUUGUUGUAAAUCUGACGUGACUGUUUUCUGAUGCAGCCCCCAGCAUGUGCUGCUGAGGACACAGAUGCGCCUCCCUGGCAAGAGGGCAUAUGCCUUGCCCGUGGACUUGGUGUGGGACACUGCCCGAGGCUGGACGGCCGGCUCCCUGAGGCACCGAGUGGCCGAUUUCUAUUC